AUGGUUAUUCUUUCCCAGCAAUCUGCAUUAAACGAGUUCUUUCUCAUCAAGACAUGCAAGCCUACCACAAACACGUUCACAGGGAUUCCAGAGGUUAACCUCUCAGACCCUGAUGCCAAGACUCUCAUAGUCAAGGCAUGCCAAGAGUUUGGUUUCUUCAAGCUUGUGAACCAUGGUGUUCCGUUUGAGUUCAUAACCAAUUUGGAAAAUGAAGCCCUCAAGUUUUUCAUGCAAACCCAGUCUCAAAAAGAGAGGAUAGGUCCUCGUGACCCUUUUGGCUAUGGCAACAAGAGAAUUGGCACAAACGGUGAUGUGGGUUGGGUUGAAUAUCUCCUUCUCAACACCAACCCUGAUGUCAUCUCCCCCAUGUCACUUCUCAUUUUCCAACAAAACCCAGAAAUUUUCAGGUGUGCUGUGGAAGAUUAUAUAGGGGCAGUGAAGAAUAUGUGCUGUGAAGUGUUGGAAUUAAUAGCUGAUGGGUUGGGGAUGGUAGAAAGGAAUGUGUUAAGCAGAAUGGUAAGGGAUGAGAGAAGUGAUUCAUGCUUCAGGCUUAAUCACUACCCAGCAUGUAAACAGCAUCAAGAAUUGAGUGGAGAGAAUUUGAUAGGGUUUGGGGAGCACACAGACCCACAGAUAAUAUCUGUCCUGAGAUCUAACAACACAUCAGGACUGCAAAUCUGUCUCAGGGAUGGGACUUGGGUUUCAAUCCCACCAGACCAGACUUCCUUUUUCAUCAAUGUUGGUGACUCCUUGCAGGUGAUGACCAAUGGGAGUUUUAAAAGUGUAAAGCACAGGGUAUUGACCGACACAACCAAGUCAAGAAUGUCAAUGAUCUACUUUGGAGCACCACCUUUGAAUGAAAAGAUAGCACCUUUACCUUCACUCGUGUCAAAGAAAGAAGGGAGUUUGUACAAAGAAUUCACAUGGAUGGAGUACAAGAAUGCUACGUACAAGACUAGGUUGGCGGAUGAUAGGCUCAGUCUCUUUGAGAAAUCUUCUGGUCAAUGA